GUGUGCAUUUGCAAAAAGGUCGAUGAUUCACGAACUUUCAAGAAUGUAAACAAAUGCCUUAUAUAUAUCGUGACCCAAUGUAUCAGCUGUUUACUCAGUCUGUGUCACAAACAGUGUUUACAUUAGUCAUACCCGUUGUAUACGCUUUGAAAAAGAUAAAAGAAUGAGAGGAGAUAUAAUGAGGGUACCAUACCAUUCGCAUCUUUUCCCAGAUCCACCAUCAGAUUUUUUCAACAUGUUCCACAGGGCAAAUAGAGAAUAUGGCCAUGUUAGAGAAAUACCUGUCCAUUAUGAACCAUUUUCUUCCAAUUCCUUCAACAGGGAACAUCAGGCAACCGGAAACAGCUCCAUUUUUAAUGACUUUGCAGCCGAUAUACCAGAAGACUUUUGGGAACCAGUCUCUGCAGAAGAAGCAGGAAGACUUGAAAAGAAUAGUAGGAAAUCGCCUAAGAGAAGUCUCGUUCAAAAGGAAGCUGUUAUAGACUUAUGUAACGAUGAUGAUGAUAAGUGUUGUGUUUUAACUUGUGAUGCCAACAACAGUGGAGCAAGCGUUAAAAGCCGUCGUAGAAGUUUGUCUAGAUCAAGAAAGCGUUUUGCAUAUAAACAUGAUGAAACCUCUUCUUCAAGCACAACAAAUACUGCUGGUCCUUCAAAGCAUGGGGAAAACAAAGAAGGAAAAGUACAGGAUAGAGUCAAUUGCAAUGUAGAAAAAGAUCUAGAAGAAGCUUCAAUAUUCAAGCCAACAUUGGAAAAAAAAGAAAAGCAAGAUCAAAGAGAGACGGAAUGCAUUGAAGUUGACUCUUUGGAAGAAGAAAUGCAACUACAGAACCUUUGUGAUUUUUUUGGAAGUGACAGCAGUAUUGUUACACCAAACAAGUCUAGUAAAAAUGAUGAGAACAUUAGCUCUCCCCCAAGCUAUCCUGCUUAUGAUAUCAUCAAAGAUAUCCUGGAUAAAGAAGGCAGAUGUGUAGAUUAUAUCAGAGGUGAUGGCAACUGUUUCUUCAGAGCUAUAAGUAAAGUGAUAUAUGGGUCAGAAACCUGUCACAGUGAGUUAAGGCAAGCUGUUGUUGAUCUUCUGGAGAAGUAUCCGAGAGAGUUUGAGCAGUUUAUUGAUGGAUCCGUACAUGAACAUAUCAAAUCAAUGAGAAAAUUGGGAACAUGGGCUACACAAACAGAAAUUUAUCUAGCAGCAACCCUCAUACAGAGGGAGAUAUAUGUUCUUUCUCCCGAUCACACAGGAGAUGUAUAUCGCUGGCUCCUCUUUUCACCGCAGUUUGUUUACAAAGAAUCUUCAGUGUACGAUCCAUGCUAUUUGACUUUAUGCCAUACUAAUGGCAAUCAUUAUGAUAGAAUAGUGGCUAUAAAAAAAAAGUGUAACUGUGAUGUCCCUCCACCACAGAUGAUGGGAGUUCAAGGGGAAGUUGAUCUCACUGAUGAUAUUGUAUGAUGUAUUUACAAAAUUGUCACUUUAAUUAUGUAAUGUUAUAUACAGGGUAUUCACCGAGUACUCAAAGGUGUAUUUACGUGCCAAAUUUUGUUAUGUUCCUGUGUGCAAAAUGUACAUUCAAUUUUGUACAUAUUAAGAAAAGUUUGUAAAUAUUGUAAUGUAGUAAUGUAAAUAGAGAUAUCCUUUGUAAAGCUGUACAUAUAACUUUUAUUUAAAAUUGAAAUAUUUAAGUCAUUGUUAACUAUUUAAGUUAUUAUUUUACCUUUGUGAAUUUCAAAGGUUUUGAAUAAAACCAGUGAUGGAAAAAUGAU